AUGCCCGAUUUAUUUGAUAAUAUUUUUAAUAAAAUUGGUACAAAAUUCACUGGUGGCAAAACCACACAUCAUUAUGGUGGUGCAUCUCAAGUAAAUACUGGUAAAUGGUAUAGUUAUACCAGUAGUGCCAGUAAUAAUAAUUAUUGGUUACCUCGAGAAAGUCAAACAAAGACACCGGGUACUCAAGCAGAAGAACCAGAAACAGUUCAAUUUAAAGUGGAUCGAUCAAUGAGUGUUGGAUCAAUUACUGAAGAUUCUGGUGCUGCUGGUGCUGCUGGUGAUCGAUCAAGAAUGAAUAGUAUCACUGAAUAA